GCAGCGGCGUCCGAGGGGGCCCGAGCGGGCUGGCUGCGCUGCCUUUGAGCGGUGCGUGCGGUGUGCGGCGAGAGCGGCUGGAAGGGAGGCAGGGCAGCGGCAGGAGGCAGGAGCUUUGGCGGCGAGCUGUGGCGGCAGAGAAUGGCGGUGAGGCGGCGGCAGAGGCUCGGGCCGGGCGGCGGGCGAGCGCUGCUGGGCGCGGUGCUGCUGUGCGUGUGGUGGCGGGCGGCGGCCGAGCGGCUCCGCUACGCCAUCCCCGAGGAGCUGGGCAGAGGCUCGCUCGUGGGGCCGCUGGCGCGGGACCUGGGGCUCAGCGCGGACGAGCUGCCGGCGCGCAAGCUGCGGCUGAGCGAGGAGAAGCAAUACUUCAGUGUGAAUGAGGAGAACGGGAACCUGUACGUGAACGAGAGGCUGGACCGGGAGGAGAUGUGCGGCGAUUCGGCGACCUGUUCUGUGAGUUUCGAGGUGCUGGUGCACAACCCGCUUAACAUUUUCCACGUCGAGGUGGCGAUCGAGGACGUGAAUGACAACUCCCCGACCUUCAGCAAGGCUGUUCUGGACCUCGAGAUAGGUGAAUGGAUCCCUCCUGGUGCUCGUUUUCCUCUGGAGAUGGCGCGAGACGCAGACGCAGGAAGGAAUUCGCUGCUGACUUACCAACUCGACAGCAACCCGUCCUUCUCACUCUCCAUGAAGGAGAAGCCGGGUGGAAGAAAGCAGCCGGAAUUAGUACUGGAGACAGUGUUGGACCGUGAGAAGUAGAGUUCCUUUGAGUUGUUGCUGAAGGCGAUCGACAGUGGGGACCCCCCGAGGUCCGGGACUAUCCAGGUUCGGAUCAACGUGACAGAUGCCAACGACAACCCGCCUGUGUUCAGUAAAAGCGUCUACGAGGCGAGAGUGGCAGAGAAUCUUCCAGUGGAGUCGUUGGUGCUGCGGGUAGGGGCUGCAGAUGCAGAUGCAGGUUCGAAUGGACGAGUGUACUACUCUUUUGGCAGCGUCUCGGACUCCAUCAGAGCGCUGUUCUCUAUCGACAGUGAUCGCGGAGAAAUCAGGACAGCGGGACCCCUCGAUUUCGAAGAGAACAGUAAAUAUAUCUUCAGCCUGGAGGCAACAGACGGCGGUGGGCUCACUGAUCACUGCGAAGUGCAGAUCGACAUCACCGACGAGAAUGACAACGCUCCCGAGAUCACGAUUCUGUCUCUGUCAAGCCCUGUGCCCGAGGACGCGCCGGUGGGCACCGUGGUCGCCCUGCUGAAAGUGCGGGACCGAGACUCCGGCGAGAACGGUCAGGUGUCGUGCGAGCUGUCGGGCGAGGCGCCGCUGUCGAUCGUGGCGUCGCCGGGCGGCUCGUACAAGGUGGUGACGGCGGGAGCGCUGGACCGCGAGCAGGCGUCCGAGCAGCGCGUGUCGGUGGUGGCCCGGGACCGGGGCAGGCCGGCGCUGUGGAGCAGCACGGAGCUGGUGCUGGAGGUGUCGGACGUGAACGACAACGCGCCGGUGUUCGAGGAGGCGGCGUACAGCGCGUACGUGGCGGAGAACAACGCGGCGGGCGCGCUGGUGGUGCGCGUGCAGGCGCGGGACGCGGACGCGGGCGCCAACGGGCGCGUGAGCUACUGGCUGGCGGGCGGCAGCGCGGGCGCGGCGGGCGCGGCGCCGCUGGUGUCGGUGGAGGCGCGGAGCGGCGCGCUGUACGCGCAGCGCUCCUUGGACUACGAGCAGUGCCGCGAGUUCUGGGUGGCGGUGCGGGCGCAGGACGGCGGCGCGCCGGCGCGCAGCUCCACGGCCACGGUGCGCGUCUUCGUGCUGGACCGCAACGACAACGCGCCGCGGGUGCUGUGGCCGGCGGCGGGCGCGGGAGAGGCCGGGGCCGGGGCGGCGGCGGCGUUCGAGGUGGUGCCGCGCUCGGCCGAGGCCGGCUACCUGGUGGCCAAGGUGGUGGCGGUGGACGCGGACGCGGGGCGCAACGCGUGGCUGUCGUACGAGCUGGUGCAGGCGUCGGAGCCGGCGCUGUUCCGCGUGGGGCUGCACAGCGGCGAGGUGCGCACGGCGCGCGCCGUGUCCGAGCGGGACGCGGCCAAGCAGCGAGUGGUGGCCGUGGUGAAGGACCACGGGCAGCCGGCGCUGUCGGCCACGGCCACGCUGCACGUGGUGCUGGCCGAGAGCUUGCAGGAGGCGCUGCCGGAGCUGAGCGAGCGGCCGGCGGGCGCCGAGGCGGCGGCGGCGGCGGCCGAGCUGCAGUUCUACCUGGUGCUGGCGCUGGCGCUGCUGUCGGCGCUCUUGGUGCUGAGCGUGGCGCUGGCCGUGCUGGCGCGGCUGCGCCGGGCCGGGCCGCCCGCCGUGCUGCGCUGCCUGGGCGCGCAGCGCUUCUCGCUGGCCGGCGCCGCCUUCCCGGCCGACUUCUGCGAGGGCACCUUGCCCUACUCCUACAACCUGUGCGUGGCGGCGCCGGCCCGCGCCGUGCCCGAGGCCGCUUGGCCGCCGCCGCCUGUGCCCGUGCUGUCGGCGGAGGAGCUUCUGGGCGGGGAUGAGUGCGAGAAGCCGAGCCCGAAUAGCAGCGCCCUUGAGGGAGAGGUGCCCGCCGAUCCCGACGCACAGCAGGUCUGUCAUCCUUUUCAUUUGUGGCUUUCCGGAAUGUUGUCCCUUGAAGCCUGGUUUUCUUUGGGUAAUGUCUAUUGGCAGUCCGCAUCUGUGUCUCUUCUUGGUGGCUUAAAUUUUUGAUUUCUCCUGAAAUCAAUGCUGACAUAUUUUGAGUAUAACUCCCCUUUGAGGUAUUAGCCGUGGUUUACCGUAUUCUCCGAUGUCUUGUGUUUGUGAGUCGCACUUUGCUGUCUCCGUUGUGGAUUGAAAUGAGGAAGGAACCAUCCCGCCUUCGUGGAGAGCUAUA